CUCAACGCCACGGUCGACAACCCCACCGUUGUCUCCUACAUCCUGGUCUCACUGGCUAAACAGCCCGACUUCCUGAAGAACAACAUCAUUUACGCCAAGGCGCGACUGAACCUCCUUCCCGGCUACGCCGAGAAGAAGGGCCUGCUUCUCGAAGCCAGCCAAGGGACCAGCCACGACGAGAUGACGGAGCGCAGGGCCGUCAGACUGAGCGCUCCCCGCCGUCUCCCGCGCUACCAAAUCGAAGACGGCCCCGACAUGGAAGUUUUCGACGACGGCGGCCAGAUAAUCUCGAUGCUGGUCCCUUCCGAGACGCCCGAGGUGACUGCCGUGAACACGCCGACCAUGAAGUACAUCCCGCCCGUACACGACGGCAUCGCCGUAUUCGCUGGCAAGCCCAAGGCAGCCGGCUUCCGUUUCGCCGGCUGGUUCACGGCCAUGGAGGUAGAACUGUUCGCUCCCAACUCGACCGCUCUCCUCAACAAGAUUGAGGCGGCCAAGCUUUCCGGCGAUCCCGGCCGCGAGUGGUACGUUGCUAUCCCACUUACUACUGAUCUCUCUCUACCAACGCUACUGCCUGCCGAUGUUUUGUGCACCAAGCCUAUUAUAUCGCUAACAUACCCACCCCGCCGCAGGGCCCGCGUGGCGCUGAUGCGCCUCGACAAGGACGACCCGGAAUGGCGGCCAUACCCCGACAUUCGCCGCGGCAAGGCUGGCCCGCUGCCUUACACGCCUCCGUCACCUCGGAUCGUAAGCCGCACCUUUGGCUCAGAUGACGAGGGCUUCCUGACGCAGAUUCCAUACUCAGAGGACGAGAAUGGUAUCAUCCGCCUCAAGGGGGAGGAGAAGAUGAAGGAGACCAUGGAGAACAAGCAUGAUUGCGGCGCGGAGGGUGAUAUUGCCAUGGGUGAAUGCCGGGUCGUGAGCGCCAUGAAGGUUAUGCAGGGUAUGGACCCUAUGGAGGCUUUGAAGGCCCUUGCCAGGGAGUUUUCCGUGCCUGAGGGGUACAUGUUGACGUCGGCUUGA